GCUGCUGGGGCGCCCGCUGCGGCGCUUCCACCCCAAGCUGCAGAGGGUCGUGAGGAUUCCCGGAGGUCCCCAUCCCUUCAGCGACGAGGCCAUUUGGCACCUCAGCGGCCAGCGUGCCGAGUUCGCCGUGCCGCCCGUAGCGGGCACGGCGCGGGGCCUGUGUCCAGCGCUGGAGGUGGUGACGUCCUACGAGGAUGAUCUGGCAGAACUGCAGAGACGACUUGAGGCAGAUGUGCAAAACCAAGCUGGUGUUGAGCGAGGCUCUGCAAGUCUUCACCCACCGUCUUGCGCAGCUUGCCCCCGCCCCGCUGACCCCGUCGUCACAUGCAGCGCCGGCAGCGCCGGCAGCGCAGCGUCGGCGCGAGGGGCUGCGCAUGCUGCAGCCGGGAGACAAGCCGGAGGUCGGUAGCAUCCUGAUUGCCCACCCCAUGUCCUGCAUCUUCCAGCCGGACUUGGACCGAGCCGUCAUCGUGAUUGACGAGGUCCACCCCGGCCACGUGCGAGGUUUGGUGCUGAAUAAACCUGGCGGCAUCUUAAUGGAGACGUUGAAACCUGAAGAGCUGGAACGAGCCAAAGAAGCUGGUCUCAGUGGACUGUUGCACAACCGCUUGUACCUCGGGGGUGACCUCAUGGACGCUGAGGAUUUGGUGAAUCACGUGCGCUGGCUCCACUCCAGCGAUCUGCCGGGCGCCCAGCGCCUGGCGCCAGGUCUGCACUGCGGCGGCGAAGGCCUGGCGCAGCUCGGCGCCGCGCGGCCCGUGCUGGGCUUCGCGGGGUGGCACCAGGAUCAGUUGGACCUUGAACUGGAGCGUGGUGUCUGGGUGCAUCUUCGGGCGCAUAGCGCGGUGGGGCUGCUGCCCAACGAUGGAGACGCUGAAACACUUUGGAACGACUUGGCAGAAGCAGUCGGCUUGUCCUCCUUCAGCAGCUUCCCUCGAGGUCCCGAGGUUGAUCAGUUGAUCAAACAACAUUUGGACGAGCAUUCGCGCUGGCAAAUUGAGAGUAUCCUAGAGCAAGCGCGCGAAGAAAAUCAUGCGCAUGGAUGCGCUUCGGGCUUCGCCUGCCGGGAUUUCUACGACCUGCUGGCGCCGUUGCUGUUGCAGCGGAUGCCGGAGAUCCAUCCCAUCUGUGGGGAGACCGAAGUUGGUGGUUGUGUCUAUUUGAUGUGGAGCUUCUGCAAGCCACGGGUGAUGUGCCAGGAUCUGUUUGAUGCAGUUGCAGCCCGGGUUAUUCCGGAGGUACAAUCCUUAGAUCGAUGUGGCCUGGCCAUGUUCAGCUGGAACUAUUCCUACAUCAACUACGAGCUCAAGGAGGUCUACAAGGUGUCAGCGGCUGAAGCGCUGCGCACUGAACGAUUGGAGGAGCUCACGCCCCGCGACCUGGCCAACUUGAUGGGAGCCUUUGCCAAGGCAGGAAUCCGCGACUUGGACCUGAUGCAGGCUCUGUCGGAGCAUGGAUGUGGACUCCUGAGGGAUGGCAUAGAUCAGAAAUGCUACAAGCGCCCGAUGAAGUCCUUAGCCCGCGAGAUCUAUGAAGAGGAUUUCAGCGCUGUUGACGGACAAGUAGUGUCUUUGUCCGAGAUGUGCGAGACCCAGCUGGGCUCCUUCGCUGAUCAGCAGUUCCUGCACCGAGAUUUUCUGGAACUGGCUGAUGAAUACAUGAUGAAGGGCUUUGAUCAGCCCAAGAGGGACGUCGAGACCUUUCUGCGCUUUCCCCAGGCGCGACCCUGCCAACCGUUGUUGGAUUUUCAUAGUGCCUAUGGGAUUUCUAUGGAUCUAUGA